UUCGCGCCGCACGCGUGAUUUCGGCGUACGCUCGCACGCCUCUUUCUCGCGCGCGAUCCAUAAGAUCACUUUUGGGAUCGCGUUGGGAUAGCGCUGGCACAUCGCGAGAUCCGCAACGCUUCCCUUCGUCCUCCUUCACGGCAAUUGUAAUUACGCCAAAGGGAACGGAGAGCUCGCGACGAAGAACUAGGGAGAGCUGUCCCUCCUGGAGCUUAAUAGCGAUUGGCAUGAAUGCGACAUAGUAAUCCGUACAUUUCAAUAUCACGAUGCGGAAAGCUCACAGAUCAAUUAGUAUGCUGCCAUCCAUUUGGAUACUCAUCGUGUUAGAUCUAUUGGUCAAUGUUUUAGCGCAAACAACCUGCAACGGUGGUCUGGGUAGAGUGGUUUACGAGAGACUUCCGGACCAGCAGCUUCAGGGUUUUGACGACGAUGUGGUGCGAGACUCAGCGCCUCCGUUUAGGGUCUUGGAGAAGUGUCAAGAGCUCUGUCUGCGCGACAGAACGGCGACGAACAAUCUGGUCCGCGCAUGUACGAGCUUCGACUUUCAACCUGGCAGCAGAAUCGCGUCCUUCAGCGGCGCCGCCGAAUAUGAGGAGAGUACUUGCUAUUUAACGAGAGAACAGGCGCAGCCGGAGGGCAUCGGAAAUCUCAUGCUCGUACCAAAUAGCGUGCACUUCACCGAAGUGUGCCUAACGUCCGACAGAAUAGAGAGAGAAUGUCCAAAUCGUCGUUACGUGUUCGAGAGGCAUCCGAGAAAGAAGCUAAAGCUACCCUUAACAGACAUCAAAGAAGUCAGUGCCGCUAACAGAACCGACUGCGAGGACAGGUGCCUCAACGAAUUCAGUUUCGUCUGUCGAUCAGCAACAUAUGACACUGCCCUGAGAAGCUGUUCUCUCAGUCGUUUCACUAGGAGAACUCAUCCUGAAUUAUUGGAGGACGAUCCGAAUUCUGAUUAUUUGGAAAAUACUUGCCUUAACACCGAGAGACGAUGCGACGGUCUCAUAGUGUUCGUCAAAGAAGAAAACAAACGUUUACGCGGCCCAUUUGAAGUGGAUAUAUACACGAAUCUUACUUUGGAGGAAUGUCAGGCGCUAUGUCCUAGAGCAGAAAAAUAUUUCUGUCGCAGCGUCGAGUUUGACGAACAAACGCGGCAGUGCGUCAUAUCCGAAGAGGAUUCUGUUUCACAAAAGGACGACAUUGGAGUUAGCAGCAGCCCGAGUCAUCAUUUUUACGACUUGGUGUGCUUAGAUAAUCCGCGCGGCUCCGAAUACCCGGACAGCAGCUCAUCGUCGCAUCUCUUCUCCGACGGUCGUCGUCCAGAUACGGCUUUCCAGCGUUAUCGGAAUUCGCGUUUGAGUGGCGAGUUUCAUUCGGAGAUCACCGGACGUAGCCUCAGUGAGUGUCUGGACGAGUGCCUCCGGCAGACGAGCUUCCAAUGCCGUAGCGCCGUUUACUCUGAGCAUUAUCACACUUGCCGAUUAAGCCGAUUCAAUCAAAGGGAUGGUAACCGGAUUAUCUACGAUGCCGAUUAUGACUAUUACGAGAAUCUCAUGCAUCAAUAUCUAGACGGCGAUCGCGAUGGCCCUGGCUACAGACCGGAUCCCUUGGGACAGGACACAAACUUUGGACGACCCUCUUUAGGAAGACCCGGAUACCCGGACGAUUACGACAAGGGAUAUUCUACCAGCGUCAAACCGGAUCGUUAUCCAGAUCGCUAUCCAGAUCGUAUACCGGAUCGUUAUCCAGAUCGCUAUCCAGAUCGUGUACCGGAUCGUAUACCGGACCGUAUACCAGAUCGUUAUCCAGAUCGAUAUCCCGAUCGUUAUCCAGACCGUUAUCCAGCAGAUCGAUAUCCUGAUCGUCGUCCCUUAGACGAUAGAUAUCCGGAUAACAGAUAUCCUUUAGGUGAAUCCGAUAAUUAUCCUGAUCGCCAUCCUCUUGGUGAUCGAUAUCCCGACCGUUAUCCCGCAGGAGAUCGUUAUCCCACAGGAGAUCGUUAUCCCACAGGAGAUCGUUAUCCCACAGGAGAUCGUUAUCCCACAGGAGAUCGUUAUCCCACAGGAGAUCGUUAUCCCACAGGAGAUCGUUAUCCCACAGGAGAUCGUUAUCCCACAGGAGAUCGUUAUCCCACAGGAGAUCGUUAUCCCACAGGAGAUCGUUAUCCCACAGGAGAUCGUUAUCCCACAGGAGAUCGUUAUCCCACAGGAGAUCGUUAUCCCACAGGAGAUCGUUAUCCCACAGGAGAUCGUUAUCCUACAGGAGAUCGUUAUCCUGUAGGAGACCGCUAUCCUGAUCGUUAUCCAAUUAGCGAUCGAUAUCCCAAUACGGAUAGAUAUCCCAUGUCUGAUCGAUAUCCUGUUAGAGGAGGAGAUCGUCGUCCUAAUGGCGUCAAUAGAUAUCCCGACGCCGGAACUCUGGGGAGAUAUCCUCCAAGUGACCGAUAUCCCGUGAGUGAUCGAUAUCCCGCGAAUGAUCGAUACCCCGCGAGUGACCGAUAUCCCGCGAGUGACCGAUAUCCUACAGUAAUACACGGGGUUCGUGUGAUUCCAAGCCGAUAUCCUACUGACAUGAUCGAUCGAUAUCCCAAUACAAUAGACCGGUAUCCUUAUCCAGAAGACCCUGUGGACCGAUAUCCUAUGGGAUUAGGUGGUGAUAGAUCUCCUAUCGAUCGAUAUCCAGCUAGUGGAAGAUAUCCAGACAAGGAUCCUUAUGCUAGUCGCAGGUAUCCGCCGCCAGGAAUGUACCCGCCCGGAUUUGUCGACGACGUUCGUGGUCCUCAAAGUGGUCCCGAGCCAAGACCUCAUUAUGGCGGUGGGCCGUACGGUCCAACGCGUCCUCUAGGAGGAUACGGAGGAUACGACGACGGCGGUAUUGUUGGUGGCGGGUACAUAGGUGAAGGCGGAGUCUACAACUCUCGUCCAUUUGGAACUGCUGGUGGGCCCAUCGCAGGUAGGCCCAUCAUAGGCAGGCCCCCGUUAGUGUCUAGAUGCGAGGAGCAGGACAAUUUCAGGCAAGUUGGAUCUCGUACCAGAGUACGGAAGCCGUUCGUUCGACGGUACACCACUGCCUCGUCGUUGGCUCAGUGCGAGAGGGAAUGUGCCGAUGCUAGAGACUUCGUUUGCAGGUCCUUCAAUUACCGACCGUACACUGCGCCUUACGGGGCCGAGAGGGACAAUUGCGAGCUCAGCGAUCGGGACUCCAGGGACAUGGACAUGGGCAAUCCGGUUUAUUACGACACGGGUUCGGAUUACGAUUUUUACGAGAGGAACAAUGGUCGCCAGGGCGCGGACGGGGAAUGUCUGGAUGUGAGUCAAGUCUGCAGCGAGGACGGGAUGGAGUUUACUCUGAGGACGCCGGAGGGAUUCAUUGGGCGAAUUUACACGUACGGAUACUAUGACCGAUGCUUCUUCCGCGGGAACGGCAGGACCGUGAACAAACUCCGUAUCAGCGGACCUCAGGGAUAUCCCGAGUGUGGCACACAACGAUACGGCGAUACGAUGACAAACAUCGUGGUGGUGCAAUUUUCGGACUACGUGCAAACCGGGCGAGACAAACGAUUCAACCUAACAUGCAUGUUUCGAGGACCUGACGAAGCUGUCGUCACAUCCGGCUACAUCGGUGCCGGGUAUGCCAGAUCAGGGUCCCCCAUCCCUAUCGAAUAUCUCCCAGCGGAAAAUACUCUGAGCUCCAGAGUGCGUUUGCUGAUUCUCUAUCAGGGUAGACCUACGACAACCAUCGCCGUUGGCGACCCUCUCACUUUCAGACUCGAAGCUCAAGAUGGGUACAAUUACGUAACGGAUAUAUUUGCUACUAACGUUAUUGCAAGAGAUCCUUACUCUGGCAAAAGUGUUCAACUAAUAGACAGAUAUGGCUGUCCAGUGGACAACUACGUGUUUCCGGGUUUGGACCGCCUCCGCGACGGCGACAGCCUCGAGGCCCGCUUCAACGCCUUCAAAAUACCCGAAUCAAAUUUCCUGGUGUUCGAAGCGAAUGUACGAACGUGCCGCGAUGGCUGUCAGCCAGCGUAUUGUGGUGGUACCGGUAGAAGCGAACCGUCCUUCGGCAGACGGCGAAGGGACGUAAAUAACGAUACAGUGACGGACGAGGACGAGGCAUCGCCGAUAAUAGUAACGAAUGAUGACUUUAACAAUGCGUCAACAACAAUUUUCAAUGCGACCAACGCUGCGAACGAUGAGCUGGACAACGAAGAGGAGGAAGAGCACGUCAGAGAAAUGAUAGAGGUUCUCGACUCAAGAAUGAACAUUGAAGAAGAUAGUAUCGUCGAGAAGCAAACUAAAGCUAGCAAACUACUCUUGGAAAAUAUUUGUAUAACGCAAAACGAAUACUACGGCUUGGUUACCGCAGUGGGCAUCCUCGUGGUGCUCUUGGCCUCCGUUGUUCUCUUGUCCAUGCUUGUUUACAGAAAAUACGUUUAUUCCGUGAUUAUGAAAAAUCGUAGACUCGACAAAACCUGCAGUCGCAGCAACCAUUCCGAUGAGCCUUACAGCAGUCGAAUCAACAACUUUUCUUUUAUGAGGACAGGUCUUCAGAAACCGUUCCAGGCGUCAUCGAUCUCGAGAUCAAUGAGCAAUGCUAUCAGCCAACGUCUUGCCUCGUCGUCCACCGCUUUGGAGGGUGCUGUGGGAUUAUCCACCGGUCGACGUGGCGGUUUCGAUCCGAGCGAACCGAUCUAUACCGAUCCUUCGCUUUUUGAGGUCACCCAUUGCUCGAACACCUCGAAAUCGACUCUCGGCGACAACUUUCAUCUUAUGUAGAAGAAAUACGUGAGAAGAUCGGUCCUGAAAUUACACAACGCGAACGAUCCCUGCUUUAUUUAUUUACUUUAAUAAGAGUAUACGAAACCGACUAACGACAAUUAAUCCGUGACAAAUCAGCAUUCACGAUCUAUUCUGUCACUAGUCAAUAAUUCACUGCCAAUCCCCCAUAAAGACUCUGCUAACUAAAGACUCUGUCAAGCAUUUAUUAUUUUAUAUAUUGUUUAUACAUAAUAUUAUUACUAAUA